AUGACGGAACAGCCGAAGCUGAACAAGUUCUUCGGCGGCGGUAACAGCAACGGCAACGGCGACCGACUAGCUUCAACCUCCUCGAAACCACGUCAGCCUGAUAUCAAAUCUGCUUUUGCACCCAAGCCGCCCAAGUCAUCCUCGUCGACAGCAACCGAAAAGGAAGCAUCGACGUCGAAUGGAUCGUCUUCUUCAGCCUCGACCGCGGACGAAAAUGACACCGAAGCCGCUGCUCCAUCCUCCUUAAAGCGAGAGUCAACUUCCACGAACGGAGAUACUGUCGUGCAGCGAAAGAAGCGUCGCAUAAUCGAAUCUGACGACGAGCAAGAGGACCAAGUAGUCCCAUCUUCAGCACCAGCCUCAGCCAAACCAACCGGCGAGAAAGUCGCACCCAUUUUCUCCAAACCCCCUCCCAAAACAAGUUUCGAAGCCAAGAAAACCUCCAUCAAGCCCAGCGCCGGCUCCCUUGCAACCGCGGAAGACGACAGCAGCACAACCACCGACUCAGGUAGCGAACACGAACCCCUAGAAGACCUCCUCGAAGCCGAAGAUCAUGAAGAAGAGAAGCUCAUCAAAGAAGAAGAGAAAAAAGGAGCCAAAAAGCUCGCCGCUAUUUUCCAAAAGCCUUCCGAAGUCCAAGAAGGAAAAGUUACCUGGAAAGAAGGUGAACCCGUACCCUACGCUGCACUCGCUGCUACCUUCGCUGAUAUUCAAGCUACGACGAAGCGAUUGGAGAUCACCGAGAUCCUCACCCAAUUUCUCGUUCGGGUUAUCAAGCGCUCCCCUGAUAAUUUGUUGCAAGUUGUGUAUCUAUGCAUCAAUAGGCUCUGUCCGGAUUAUGAAGGGUUGGAGUUGGGGAUUGGAGAAUCUUUGCUAAUCAAGGCGAUUGCUCAGUCGACGGGGAGAGAAGUGGCGAGAAUUAAAAAGGAUUUGGAAGCGCAAGGAGAUUUGGGGUUGGUAGCCUUAAACUCGAAAAAGAACCAACCGACCAUGUUCAAGGUUUCCUCACUGAAAGUUCCUCAAGUGUUCAAGCAGCUGAGAGAGAUUGCGGUUGUUAGUGGGAACAAGUCGCAGGAUCGGAAGAUUGGGAUGAUUAAGAAGUUAUUGGCUUCUUGUCAGGGGGAAGAGCCGAAGUUUUUGAUUCGAAGUUUGGAGGGGAAACUGCGAAUUGGUCUCGCCGAACGCUCGAUUUUGGUCUCACUCGCUCGUGCCGUCGUUAUUUCAAGACUGGGAAAGAACAUUUCAAAACUCUCCACCGAGGCUCUAACUCGGCAGUUGGAAGAGGGAACAGAAUUGGUCAAAGCAGUGUACUCCGAACUCCCCUCUUAUGAUCUCGUCAUCCCAGCUUUGCUCAAAGGAGGAGUAGAAGGUUUGCGAGAAGAAUGUAAACUCACCCCCGGUGUACCUCUGAAACCAAUGCUGGCCAAACCAACCAAAGCAAUCACCGAAGUCCUCGAUCGAUUCGAAGGGAAACCCUUCACCUGCGAAUACAAGUACGAUGGCGAACGUGCACAAGUCCAUCUGCUACCUUCCGGCAAACUCGCUGUUUUCUCUCGCAAUUCGGAAGACAUGUCGGUCAAGUACCCCGAUCUUGUUGAACAGAUCCCUCGAUGCAUCAAGCCCUCGGUAAAAUCCUUUGUGCUUGACGCUGAAGCUGCGGCUUGGAAGAAAGCCGAACCUAAUCCCGAAACCGGUGUUAUGGAACCGGCAAAGUUGUUACCCUUCCAGGAACUUUCCCGACGAAAACGAAAGGAUGUGAAGGCGGAAGACAUUAAGAUCAAAGUCAAACUCUUUGGUUUCGAUCUUCUCUAUCUCAACGGCGAAUCUCUUCUACACCUUUCAUUGGGGGAGAGAAGAAAGUUGUUGCAAGAUCACUUUCAACCCGUGGAAGACGAAUUCGACUAUGCUCGCUCGGAAGACUGUACUUCAGUCGAAGAAAUCUCCGUCUUCCUUGACAAGUCAGUCAAAGAAGGUUGUGAAGGUUUAAUGGUCAAAAUGCUCUCCGGUCCGGAUUCGACCUACGAACCCUCCCGUCGAUCCAUGAAUUGGUUAAAACUCAAGAAAGACUACCUUGCCGGCACUGGCGAUUCUCUCGACCUCGUAGUGAUUGGCGGAUACUACGGAAAGGGUAAACGCACAAAUGUUUACGGAGCAUUCCUUCUCGCAUGUUACGAUUCCGACUCCGAAACCUACCAAUCCAUCUGCAAGAUCGGUACCGGAUUCACAGAACAGGAUUUGGAAUCGCACUACAAAGUGCUUAAAGAAUUGGAGAUUACAGGUAAGAAAGGGUAUUAUGAUGUAGGCGAAGCAAAACCAGAUGUUUACUUCGAAGCCAAAGUAGUAUGGGAGGUGUUGACUGCGGAUUUGAGUCUAAGUCCCGUCUACACAGCAGCGAAAGGGUUGAUCGAACAGAGAGGUGUUAGUCUCAGGUUUCCUAGAUUUAUCAGGGUUAGAGAUGAUAAAAUGGUCGAGGAAAGUACGAGUCCGGAACAAAUUGAGGCUAUGUAUAGGAAUCAAACCGUCAACUCUGCGAAGAGUAAGAGCGGAGGGGGCGAUGAAGAUGAUGGUUUUUGGUAG